CCCUUUGGGCGUGCGCAGAGUCCAGGUCUAAAAGAGCUCAAACGUGGUAGCGCUCGAGCGCAUGCGCACACCUAGGCGUUGUCAACACAGUAGACACCACUGGGCGGAACCGAAGGAGACAGGCGCAAGGCAAUUGGAGUCCAUCCAGCGGCUGUGAGGGCGAUUUAGCUAUUCUGAAUCCAAUCGCUGGGCGAAAUUCUGGAAGACAGCCUCAGGUUUCAGCCCACUGGGGAAGGGGCAUGAAGAACCGGAUUGUUUUCCAGGUGAGGAGCAGAGGACACCUUAGACAACCCGUUCCAAGAGCUUGAGGUGCAGCCAGUCCCGUCCUCCAACCUUGCCCACUCUCAUCCCAAACUAGCUCUACAAAGCAGAGUUUCUGGUCUCUGUUUCAGCUAUGAAGGGAAUGAGGCGAAGAGAAGAUGAGUCACACAGUCCUUCAACUUCGGAGCCAAGACUAGACUCGGCUUUGCCCCACUCCCAAGCCAGGUUCUUUCCCCCGUUUUGCUGAUGCGGAUGCAGAGGGGAUGGCCUGUCCUUAGCAAAGACCAACCUUGACCCUGAACCUCCUGCGAUGGGCGGUCGGGACUACCCAUCCCCUCAUUGCCCGCCUACCCGGGAACUCCCGGGACCUGCUCCGGCAGCCUCUGGGAGGGGAGCAGGGCUACCCGCCCGCGUCAUCUGAUGCUGUUUCCUGCAGGAGGGAGAAGAGCGGAAAAAAGUGAAACUCCACCCUCCACCUCUGCCUCCCGCCCCCGGGGCCAAAGUACAAAGGGAGGAGGAAGAAGGGAACGGGGUUGGAGCCGUCGGGCUGAGGGAGCCGGGCUGGGAAGCGGCAGCUCGGCCCAACUGGGGACACUCCAGCCACCCCCUGCGCAAAAAGACCCAACCGGAGUCCAGGCGCUGCCCCUUGCUGGCCCCACCUUACACUUGGCGAGUGCCGGAGCCAGCCUCCCAGGACUGCUCCAGGACUGAGGGACUUUCGGGCCCCUCCGAGCUGGCCAUGGUGAGACGCCGGAGGCCCCGGGGUCCCACCCCCAGAGCCUGACCACACUGCCCUGGGUGGCCCUCUAGAAGCCCGAGAUGCGGGGGGCCGGGAGGCAAUACUCCUGGCUCCCCAGAGAGGUUUGGGUCUGGGGCUGAGGGCCAGGGCCCGGAUGCCCGGGUUCCGGGACUAGGGCCUUGGCAGCCAGCAGGGGUGGGGACCAGGGGCACCCAGGGAAGGUACCCCACUUGCCCCAGUAUUGGGUCCCAGCCAUGGAGCCCUUGAAGAACCUCUUUCUCAAGAGCCCGCUGGGGUCGUGGAACGGCAGCGGCAGUGGGGGCGGUGGGGGUGGCGGCGGAGGAGGCUGGCCAGAGGGGUCCCCGAAGACAGCGGCUUAUGCCAACCCUGUUUGGACAGCCCUGUUUGACUACGAACCCAGUGGGCAGGACGAACUGGCCCUGAGGAAGGGCGACCGUGUGGAGGUGCUGUCCCGGGAUGCAGCUAUCUCAGGCGAUGAGGGCUGGUGGGCGGGCCAGGUGGGCGGCCAGGUGGGCAUCUUUCCAUCCAACUAUGUGUCUCGGGGUGGUGGCCCGCCCCCCUGCGAGGUGGCCAGUUUCCAAGAGCUGCGGCUGGAGGAGGUGAUCGGCAUCGGUGGCUUCGGCAAGGUCUACCGCGGCAGCUGGCGAGGUGAACUGGUGGCUGUGAAGGCAGCUCGCCAGGACCCCGAUGAGGACAUCAGUGUGACAGCUGAGAGCGUGCGCCAGGAGGCCCGGCUUUUCGCCAUGCUGGCACACCCCAACAUCAUUGCCCUCAAGGCCGUGUGCCUAGAGGAGCCCAACCUGUGCUUGGUGAUGGAGUAUGCGGCCGGUGGGCCCCUCAGCCGUGCCCUGGCUGGGCGACGUGUGCCCCCGCAUGUUCUGGUCAACUGGGCUGUGCAAAUUGCCCGCGGGAUGCACUACCUGCACUGUGAGGCCCUGGUGCCCGUCAUCCACCGAGACCUCAAGUCCAACAACAUUCUGCUGCUGCAGCCCAUUGAAGGUGAUGACAUGGACCACAAGACCCUGAAGAUCACUGACUUCGGACUGGCCCGAGAGUGGCACAAAACCACACAAAUGAGUGCUGCGGGCACCUAUGCCUGGAUGGCCCCUGAGGUUAUCAAGGCCUCCACUUUCUCUAAGGGCAGCGAUGUCUGGAGUUUUGGGGUGCUGCUGUGGGAGUUGCUGACUGGGGAGGUGCCCUACCGUGGUAUCGACUGCCUUGCUGUAGCCUACGGAGUAGCUGUCAACAAGCUCACACUGCCCAUCCCUUCCACCUGCCCUGAGCCCUUCGCACAGCUCAUGGCAGACUGCUGGGCGCAGGACCCCCACCGCAGGCCCGACUUUGCCUCCAUCCUGCAGCAGCUGGAGGCGCUAGAGGCGCAGGUCCUGCGGGAAAUGCCGCGGGACUCCUUCCAUUCCAUGCAGGAAGGCUGGAAGCGUGAGAUCCAAGGCCUUUUCGACGAACUGCGGGCCAAGGAAAAGGAACUUCUGAGCCGCGAGGAGGAGCUGACCCGCGCGGCGCGUGAGCAGCGGUCACAGGCAGAGCAGCUACGGCGGCGCGAGCACCUGCUGGCUCAGUGGGAGCUGGAGGUGUUCGAGCGCGAGCUGACGCUGCUGCUGCAGCAGGUGGACCGGGAGCGGCCGCACGUGCGCCGCCGCCGCGGCACCUUCAAGCGCAGCAAGCUCCGCGCGCGAGACGGCGGCGAGCGCAUCAGCAUGCCCCUCGACUUCAAACACCGCAUCACCGUGCAGGCCUCACCCGGCCUGGACCGGAGGAGAAACGUCUUCGAGGUUGGGGCUGGGGACUCGCCCACCUUCCCCCGGUUCCGGGCCAUCCAGUUGGAGCCUGCUGAACCAGGCCAGGCAUGGGGCCGCCAGUCCCCUAGACGUCUGGAGGACUCCAGCAAUGGAGAGCGGCGAGCAUGCUGGGCCUGGGGCCCCAGUUCCCCCAAGCCUGGGGAAGCUCAGAAUGGGAGGAGAAGGUCCCGCUUGGACGAAGCCACGUGGUACCUGGAUUCAGAUGACUCAUCCUCCUUGGGAUCUCCUUCUACACCCCCAAUGCUCAAUGGUAACCCCCCGCGGCCGAGCCCGGAGCCCGAGGAGCCUCGGCGCCCAGGCCCCGCGGAGCGCGGUAGCGGCUCCGGGACGCCCAAGCUGAUCCAGCGCGCGCUGCUGCGCGGCACAGCCCUGCUCGCCUCCCUGGGCCUGGGCCGCGACCUGCAGCCGCCGUCGCCGUCGCCGGGCGGCCCGGGCCGCGAGCGUGGGGAGCCCUCGCCAAUACCCCGCGCGCUGCUGCCUACACCGUCAGCCGCCGAGCCACCCCCCUCCCAGCUCAUCCGCUUCUCCCCGAAGAGGCCCGACGCCCCCGCCUCCCCGCUGAGCCCGGACGCCCCCGGCCCGCCCACCCCUGCGCCCCUGCUGCUGGAACUCGGAGUCCCUGUGGGCCAGCUGUCAGCCAAGAGCCCCCGGCGCGAGGAGGAGAGGCGCGGAAGUGCUGUCUCGCCGCCGCCAGGGAUAUCACGCUCUGCUCCUGGCACCCCAGGCACCCCACGCUCACCGCCCCUGGGCCUCAUCAGCCGACCUCGACCCUCACCCCUUCGCAGCCGCAUCGACCCGUGGAGCUUCGUGUCAGCCGGGCCACGGCCUUCGCCUUUGUCCUCGCCACAGCCUGCGCCCCGCCGGGCACCCUGGACCUUGUUCCCAGACUCGGACCCCUUCUGGGACUCUCCACCUGCCAACCCCUUCCGGGGGGGCCCUCAGGACUGCAGGGCACAGACCAAAGACAUAGGUGCCCAGGCCCCGUGGGCGCCAGAGGCAGGGCCCUGAGUGGGCGGGGCCGCUCCCCCACGCUCCAGCUGCCCUACAGGAGCCACAGUAUACACUGGAACAGGAGCCGGGCGAGCCUCUGUAGCUGCCUUGGUUUCCCCCAGGGACCCCACCCCCUUUGGGGGUCGGGAACACUACACUGCACAGGAAGCCUUCACACUGGAGGGGGGGAGCCUGCACCCCCCCCACACCUGCAACCUGUGGGUCCCCCGACUUACCUGCCCCGUUGGGGCCCAACACUGUACCCAGCUGGUUGGGAGGACCAGAGCCUGUCUCAGGGAAUUGCCCCCAGGGGUGGUGCAGGAAGGAGGGGAAGUACAGGGGAGAGGGGCUGGCCUCGGCUGUCACCAGCACUCUUGACCAAGCCCUGCUACUGUGGCCCCCGCUCCAGGGCUUAGUGCCCGGAUGCCCCCACCCCUGCCCUGGGGGUCCUCUGGGGCCAGGACUCUCUGGGUGCCCUCCUGCCGCCCCGGCCAGGGUUGGGGCCUCGGCCUCAGGAUCCUAUGAAGCCAAAUAAACUCCCCAAGCUGUC